AUGAGCGGUCAAUUAACCAGGAGGCACAGUGGGACCCACAAAAAGGCUCCUUCCAUGUCCAAAAAGAUCGAGAACGGAACCGCCAGCGAACCUUCCAGCAUACCUUCUUCUCCUCCUCCUCUCGAAUCUGACGGAGGAGAAAGGACGGUUAAGAAGCUUAGGUUAUCCAAAGCCCUAACUAUAUCUGAGGGGACAUCAGUUUCAGAUGCGUGUCGGCGAAUGGCAGCGCGGCGCGUUGAUGCUGUUUUGUUGACUGAUUCGAAUGCUUUGUUAUCGGGGAUCAUGACUGACAAGGAUAUUGCUACUAGAGUUAUUGCCGAGGGUUUGCGACCGGACCAGACAAUGGUGUCAAAAGUAAUGACUCGGAAUCCGCUAUUUGUGACAUCAGAUACACGGGCCAUUGAAGCCCUUCAAAAGAUGGUCCAAGGUAAAUUCAGGCACCUGCCUGUUGUGGAAAAUGGGGAAGUCAUUGCCAUACUGGAUAUUACCAAAUGUCUUUAUGACGCCAUAUCUAGGAUGGAGAAGGCUGCUGAGCAGGGGAGCGCCAUUGCUGCUGCAGUUGAAGGUGCGGAACGCCAGCGGAGUAGCAAUGCAUCUGCUCCAAAUGCUUUGUUAGAAACAUUGAGAGAGCGGAUAUUCAAGCCUUCCUUGUCAACCCUAAUCAGCGAAAAUACAAAGGUUGCGAUUGCAUCAGCAGCAGAUCCCGUGUAUGUAGCUACAAAAAAGAUGCAAGAGUUGCGUGUUAAUUCAGCUGUUAUCGUAUCCAUGUCAGGAUCCAAGAUUCAGGGGAUACUCACGUCAAAGGACAUACUUAUGCGUGUUGUGGCUCAAAAUCUCUCUCCCGAGUUGACUCUUGUGGAAAAGGUAAUGACUCCAAACCCAGAUUGUGCAACAGUAGAUACAACAAUACUUGAUGCCCUGCAUAUGAUGCACGAUGGGAAAUUUUUACAUCUUCCUGUGCUAGACAGAAAUGGAUAUGUUGCUGCUUGCAUUGAUGUUUUACAAAUAACUCACGCUGCAAUUUCCCUGGUUGAGAGUAGCUCUGGAGCUGUUAAUGAUAUGGCAAAUACAAUUAUGCAAAAAUUUUGGGAUUCAGCUUUAGCUCUAGAGCCACCAGAAGAUUUUGAUACUCAUAGUGAUGCUUCUGGGCUCGUGACAUCGGAUGGGGCAGAUACAUCAAAGUGUUCUACGGGUUUUGUAAAUUCAUUUCCCUUCAAAUUUGAGGAUCUCAAUGGUCGCAUGCAUCGAUUCAACUGUGGUACUGAACAUCUAGAUGAGCUAGUAACGGCAGUCAUGCAGAGAGUUGUUAUCAGGGACACAGAACUCCCUGUGAUUGUGUACGAGGACGAUGAAGGUGAUAGAAUUUUUCUUGGAACCGAUGACGAUCUUGUUUCUGCUGUCAGCUAUGCUAGAUCUGCAGGAGUGAAGGCUUUAAAGUUGCAUUUGGAUUUCGGAAAUUCAGUCAAACCAACACCACCACCUAAUACAGCCACUAGACAAAAAUCUAGUGUUUUGUCUCUCAAGUCCAGUAUUUUUGCAGGGGCUAUUGUUAUAACAAGCAUUGGCGUAUUAGUCUACCUAAAACGAUCUAAGUAA